GCCGUGACAGGUGGUGCUUAUCCCUCCCGAACGUACGGUAACUAUCACCGUUCCUCUUCCCGCCGUCCCCGUAAUCUCGCACCCUCUUUGGGGAGCGCGAGCGCGCUCUUUGGUCGCCUUUGGUCGCCUUUCCACCGCUCUCACCGGAAUGUCAAUGAUGCGACCGAACUCCAGCAACGCCCAAGGCGGUCCAUCUUCUCUCGUGGUCCUCGUAUCGUCAAAGUUGCUGCAGUCCGUGACAGGGAGGUCAUAUUUACUGCUCCGACGCCACCACAAAAAACACAGCAGCAAACCCAAUCGCACGCCCAGAGUUCGUCCACGACACAGCCUGCUCCAUGUACUGCUGAUCCUGCUCCACCACAUCCAAGAUAUGCGCAUCCACUACCCGUCCGAUUGUUGGCUCAUUUCGUGCUUUUUCUCUGCUGCGCAUCUCCUCAACAUGCCAAUGGAGGUGCACAACAGCAAGGCCAACCACAAGGUCAAGCCCAGGGUCAGGUAUCAUCGUCGCAGAUUCAGCCUGCUGCCCCCUCGACAUCCACGACCCCUCCUGCUCCUGCUCCUGCUCCUACUACUACCGCAUCAGGUGCAGCGACCGUGCAGUCACGACCUCUUCCAUUGCGAGCUCGCUUCGUGCUGUUUCUUUGCUGUGCAUCUCCCCCGCACGCCGAUAAUCAUUAAUAUAGGUACACAACUAUUUUUUAGUUCUUCUGUACUCGUAUCUCUUUCUUCACAUCACGGUGAUAAUGGUUUGUUUUUCUGCACAGCCCAUUCUCCGUCCAGAUCUUCAUUCCAUAAUUCAAUCGAACGCUCAACACUGGCUCAAUACACCCCGACAAUGAACCUCUUUAAAUCCACGAAACAGAUCAAGAAAAGACCACGAUUUCAAUUCACUGGGGAAUGAGCGCGUAUGGACUGCUUGCUGAAUAAUAUGAUUGAGUCCAGGACUUGGUG